CAGCUUUUAUUGAAGCAGCCAGACUACAACAGGUAGCAUAUAGACAAAGAGUGGCUAUUGCUCCAAGUUGAGGAAACGGCAAAUAGUCGUUCUGGCAAAAAAGCUGAAGGAGACACCUCCAUGUUCUUAACGUAAGCAGGCUCGAAGCAGAUACAAAGCAGGAUGCAGCUACUCUGCCUUAAAGUAAUUCUCGUAAUUACUUUUGUACAAGAUGUAUGUGAAGGAACAGGAGCAGGUACAGGAGGACCACCAGGUACAGGAGGACCACAAGGUACUGGAGGACCACCAGGGACAAGUGGACCACAAGGAACAGGUGGGCCACCAGGGACAGGAGGGCCACCAGGAACAGGGGGACCGCCAGGAACAGGAGGGCCGCCAGGAACAGGAGGACCACCUGCUACAGGAGGACCACCAGGAACAGGUGGACCACCUGGUACAGGAGGGCCACCAGGAACAGGAGGGCCAUCAGGCACAGGGGGGCCACCAGGUACAGGAGGGCCACCAGGGACAGGAGGGCCACCAGGGACAGGAGGGCCGCCAAGCACAGGAGGGCCACCAGGAACAGGUGGACCACCCGGUACAGGAGGGCCACCAGGAACAGGUGGACCACCCGGUACAGGAGGGCCACCAGGAACAGGUGGACCACCGGGUACAGGAGGUCCACCUGGUACAGGAGGGCCUCCAGGAACAGGUGGUCCACCAGGAACAGGAGGACCACCAUCAACAGGUGGACCGCCUGGGACAGGAGGGCCACCAGGAACUGGAGGACCACCGGGAACUGGAGGACCUCCAGGUACAGGGGGACCGCCGGGGACAGGCGGACCUCCUGGGACUGGAGGUCCACCAGGUACAGGCGGGCCUCCAUCAACAGGCGGACCACCAGCAACAGCCGGGCCACCAGGAACGGGAGGUCCACCUGGAACGGGAGGACCACCUGGAACUGGUGGACCACCUGGGACAGGAGGACCACCAGGGACAGGCGGGCCACCUGGGACAGGAGGACCCCCAGGUACAGGAGGACCACCAUCAACAGGAGGGCCACCAGGCACAGGAGGACCACCAGGGACAGGCGGUCCCCCAGGAACCGGAGGCCCACAGGGAAUAAGCACCGGUGGCCCACCAGGGACAGCAGGACCCAAAGGUGUGAAAGGUAUGGUCGGCCCGCCCGGUGACGUCAAAGGUCAAAAGGGCCAGAAGGGCGUAAUGGGAAAUGUAGGGAAUUUUGGUGCAAUGGGAGAAAUGGGCAUGACGGGGAUGAAGGGGAUGAAAGGAAUGAAGGGGAUGAGUGCAAUUGGACAGAAAGGACAGAAGGGUGAUACCAUGACAAUGGUGCAAAUGCGCCCUGGAGGACAACCCAGCCCACCUGGGAACCCAGGAGGACCAGUCACGAAUGCUCCGGCCACUGCGGCCACUGCGGCCACUGCUAGGAUACAACACGUGCCAACCGACUGGUUUGACGGGAAACAAACGGCUCUAGAGAGUAUAAGCCCAGAACUUAAAGCAAAACUGGAUGCGGCUAUAAUGCACCAAAUCAUUCUUGGGUGCAUAAUUGGAACCGUGCUCAUUGGAACCAUUGCCAUAUACGCUGUCUACUUCCGGGCUCGACUCAGAGAGAAAGCCGCCAUUGAAAUAAUGCGGCAAAAACUUUUAACUUAAAACCUCACCAACCAUACAACGCGACACACUGACUGUCAUAAACUGAGACUGUAACUGAUUUUAGAAAUCACAUUUCAAGGAGAAAUGCAACAUGAUGAGAAAAGUUUUAGCUAAAGUGAAUUAAAAAGGCUUAAGUUCAACAAAUUACUGUGCCGCUGUUCACAAUAAAUACUUUACCACCACUUCUAACAUAGUCUAUAUGUUGUGCUGAUAUAGCUGCGGUGGACUAUUCAUAAAUAUAUGAGUGUUCUUAACAAUCAGACAUAUUAAAGGAAAUAUAAGGUCAUUGCAUCUUUUAGAUGUCAGAAUGCCGGCCUUAUUACAGAAUAGAGGAUACUGCCACGUAACAUUAUUUUAGAAAGUGGAACCAUACACAAAAUGUUUUUCUGGAUCUACCUUUCGCUUGUACAUGUACUUACUUAUUUUUUACGUGUGCUUAUUAUUAUUUUAUGUAACAAUACUUGGGAUCAGCCCAAAACGUUUCUUUGUGCAUGUGAUGUGUUCCGCGUAAAGUCAAUAACAAAAUAUGUUCACAUAACGCUGUUAUAAAUACGACUAGCAUUACUCAUUCACCUUUUGUACGACGCCCAGUCGAGAAAAUUUCACAUUUCCUCAUUUCGUUCCCUCAACAAUUUAUGGGAUGACCUAUCGUUAAGGUUGUAAUAAUAACCGCGUUAACCACUUACACAUUCAACUGUGGUAUACGCCUAAUUGCGAUUCUGUCGCGGAUAUUUUUUAUUAUGUGAGAUCACUACAUAGGCCUACUCAUAACCAAGGUCCUUAUAAACCCACCUCGGGGCUUGGGUUCCGUGGCAGUCAAGACCGGGUGUCUACAUUUGGAGCGCCUGCGCACCAAGUAGACGCUCUUUUAUUUUCUGGGAGUAUUUGACAAGGUGUACAUAUCGAGUUUCAGUAAAAAUGAAUAGGAACAAGUCAAACCCACCAACCUUCUUGUCGCAUGUCCUACCGGUACCGCGUGGUGACGAUUUCAUUUUUCACAAGAUAUGGAUAUAUUUUCAUUAUCGAAAUGUUUCCUUUUCAAAGUAAAUACAUUAUUUCAUAUCGCAUGAACGGCUCUGAAGUUCCCGCAUCGAUGAUCAUGUCAUAAUCAGAAUAUAUAAUCAUAAUCAGAAAAAUCUGCACAUGCUUAACAGGAAGAGCGACUGGCCCUUGAUGACCUUUCUUGAGUGAACGCAAAAAAAUGUGUUCAUACGAGUUCUAUGGGGGUUUAUUGGGCCGCGGUUUGCUUGAUGUGCUUUUAUUGGGGUAUUUUUUAUGAAUACACGU